AUGGUUACUAUGGAUGGGUCAGACACAACAAGUGGACCCAUCACCUACUAUUGCAUCCUUAACAUCAAAAUAGAUGACAGGACCAAGGCUAGAUAUAUCCCAGCCACUGUUGUAGCUGGUUCUCAGUGGUCUGGCCAUCCUUCAAAUCCCUCAGCUCAUGUUCAUCAUGCUGACAAUACCUGUGGGCUGUCAGCAUCCGGCUCCAGCAUGAGGAAAUGUGCUUUGUCAAGCAUUAUAGACCCUCCAGUGCCCAUCAAAAAAGCCACUAUAUGCGUCCUAUCCCUUCUGGACACCAACAAUGAAGACAUCCCUUCUCCUGAUCCAGCAUCCUCCAACAAGCUGAUCCCCCAACUGGACAAUGAGGAGGAGGCUGAUAUCAGAUAUUUGGACUAUAUUCAGUUGUAUUCCUGA